AGCAUGGCGGACAUGCAUGUGGAGCCUCAAAACAAAUUGCAUCGACUGUCCAGCUAACCCCGCCGCGAUAAACAUCGAUACUGCGCGUAACGCCGGGCCGGCGGUGCCCGAACAGACAGCAGAAUGGACGAGGAGAACAAACUUCAGUUUCCGUCUCUGCCCGCGACCAAGGAGGACCUUCUGGACUGGGCUUAUCCAAUGAGACGAGAAAUGCAGGAGAUAUUACCAGGACUAUUUUUAGGUCCCUACUCUGCUGCAAUGAAAAGCAAGCUGCCAAUUCUUGAGAGACAGGGCAUAACACAUAUUGUGUGUGUCCGACAAGACAUUGAAGCCAAUUUUAUCAAACCUAAUUUCCCUCAUACAUUUAGAUACCUUGUAUUAGAUAUUGCUGACAAUCCAGUGGAAAAUAUAAUACGAUUUUUCCCUACGACUAAGGAAUUUAUUGAUAGCUGCUUAGCAACAGGAGGAAAGGUACUGGUUCAUGGUAAUGCAGGGAUAUCAAGAAGUGCUGCCUUAGUGAUUGCAUACCUUAUGGAAACAUUUGGAAUGAAAUACAGGGAUGCAUUCAGCCAUGUCCAGGAGAGGAGGUUCUGCAUCAACCCCAAUGUGGGCUUUGUGCAUCAGCUACAAGAAGCCGUAAGCGCAGCCUGGAGGAAGACGAAGAUUUUGGAGCAAUGCAGGUCACAGCAGCACAGAACGGAUGAGCUUUGCUUAUAUUUAGCCUUGUGGCGCAGUGCACUCAAUUUUGUUUUUUACAUUUUUAAUGGGAUUAAAAAUGUAAAUAUUUGAACUUUUUCUAAAGGGAAGGGACGGGGGUGGGAUGGGGACCACUCAUGUCUGAGACAUGGAGUACUGACGGGGAACGGGCAAAUUUGAUAACUACUUUUUUUUUUUCUUGAACUGGAUGCACUGAUGGGAGAUUUUUUGCAGUUUUAUAGUAUUUAACGCAUUUUGCAUUUGCAGCGGGACAGUAUUGCAAUAAUGCACUUUCGAUACUUGAAUUUGUGUAGACGACCAGAGGGGGGCAGUCGGCAAAAGGGAAAGUAGCCAGGAUGUCGCCCAGUGGAGGACACAAGAAGAGGAAUAGCUAAUGCCUUUAUUUUGGGAGUAAUAGGAUUGAGGACUAAUAUCAGGCUUAAUGUGGGAUAGUAAAGAAUGGAAAAAUAACUCACUGCUUAAUAAACAGAAGUCUGACUGAGUCCUGUUCAGCAGUGUCUUUAUCAUAAUGUAAUGCUGUGCUUUGCCUUACAUUAUUCUUAUUAUUCAAUGUUAUUAUUUACAGUUUUUAAUCGCACAUUGAAAAUCUCAUGCUGAUCUCUUGCUGUGUAUGUCAGUAACUAACAAUAAAAAAACAGCUACUGACAUGCACUCUUAUAGUUCACUGUCUUAACGUGAUGAUCUUUGGGGUCAGAAUGAGUCUGCCUAUAAUGCUGAACUCAAAGAAUUCAUUUUGAAACAAAGUGGCAAUAACAACACUGAUGACAUAGCUAUGGAAAUGAAAUUAGAAUUCAUGUAAAAAUGUGGUAGAGUUCGCUGGAUUUUGUACAACUGACCUUCAAC